AAGCCUACUCCACCCAUCGCAGCCAACGACGCCACUCCAUCGAGACAUGGGAGGGGUAGAUUUGCCAGGCAUAAAUAGAGCCGUUCCUCCGUCGCUGUUUGCCCGGUCAGAGUAAACCGCUUUUUCCCUUGUACUGAGUGGAAGCACAAUUCUUUUCACUAACCGAUCACUUCUUCACCCUUCCUUGAAACACAUAUACUGGAAGCUAUCUUAUUGAUCACUAUGAGCUUCAACAACAAAGACAACGAUUUCAGUGGAAAUCAAGGCAAUGAUGGGCUUGGAGGUAACCAAAAUUACGACCAAGGCCAGGGUAACAACAACAACGACUACUCGGGUGGAUCGGGUGCAACCGGAUCUGGAGGAAUUGGUGGCCUAUUAAAUAAAGCAGAAGGCUUCCUCAACCAGGGUGGUUUUGACGGUACGAGUAACAACAACAACAACAACAACAACAACAACAACAACAACCAGCAGCAGCAGCAGCAGGGUGGUUCGGGAAACUCCAACAGCGCCUUUGACCAGGGAAUUGACAACGCUGUGGAUAAGUUCGCCGAUCAGUAUGCUCCACAAGGCACCGACGGAAUUUUGGAUAAGAGCCUGAACGAUGCUGUCAACAAUGAGGUGAACAAAUUUAUUUAGACCAGACACUUCGUUUGGUUUUUCGGGGAGUCCUUAACAUUGGGGCAUAGUCCAAUUCUAGGGUUACGGUUUUGUGGCUGUGAUUUUGCGUGUGGUGAAUGAAUUAAGCUGCAAUCAUACAUAACUUUACUCAAAUCAUAAGAAACUUUUGUUUGACCGAUUAAAAAGAAUAUUACAUUAAUCACUAUAGCUUUCCGGCUGUAUGCAUGAUCAUUCUCGUCUAUUUGAUAUUGGUAUUGAUCACGGUCUUAACAAAACAACACAAUGAAUCUUAGCGAAUCUUAGAAUGGUUAAAAAUGCAUGCAU